GGUUCUUAUAUUGCAUUUUCUCACUGUAUGCAUAUCACACAGAGAAGAUGUGUAUAUAUAGACACACAUUCAUGUAUAUAUGUAGCGAGCAUUUGCUCUUAUAUUUAUAGAAACUUCCACAAGAACGAUAUACGGAGUAACAUACAUCUGGAGUUGGACCUGAAGUUGCAGAUCUAGGGUUUUCGCAGAGAUAAGCCGAUUUUAAAAUUGGAGAUUGGAAAAGAGCGUGUGAAGAAGAUGAGCGAAGGCCAACGGUUUCAGCUGGGGACAAUUGGCGCGCUCAGCUUGUCGGUGGUGUCUUCCGUCUCUAUUGUGAUUUGCAACAAGGCCCUUAUCAGCUCCCUUGGUUUCACAUUUGCUACAACUUUGACGAGUUGGCAUCUUCUAGUCACCUUUUGUUCCCUUCACGUGGCACUAUGGAUGAAAUUUUUUGAGCACAAGCCUUUUGAUCCAAGAGCUGUCAUGGGAUUCGGAGUGCUGAAUGGGACUUCCAUUGGCCUUCUCAAUCUGAGUCUAGGGUUCAAUUCUGUUGGCUUUUAUCAGAUGACAAAAUUGGCAAUCAUCCCCUGUACGGUUCUUUUGCAGACUCUGUUCUUUAGGAAGCAAUUCAGUAGGAAUGUCCAGAUUGCAUUGGCUAUCCUCCUAUUUGGUGUUGGAAUUGCAACAGUUACUGAUCUACAGCUCAACUUAUUGGGCUCUAUUCUAUCUCUGCUUGCCAUUAUCACGACUUGCAUUGCACAGAUUAUGACUAAUACCAUCCAGAAGAAGUUCAAGGUUUCUUCCACACAGCUUCUUUACCAAUCAUGCCCUUAUCAAGCAAUUACUCUGCUUGUAACUGGGCCGUUUGUUGAUGGGCUUUUAACAAAUAAAAAUGUGUUCGCAUUCAACUACACUCCAAAAGUGCUGGCGUUCAUUGUUCUAUCUUGCUUAAUAUCAGUUUCUGUGAACUUCAGUACUUUUCUUGUAAUUGGGAAGACAUCUCCAGUGACAUACCAAGUAUUAGGACAUUUGAAAACAUGCCUUGUGUUAGCCUUUGGAUAUGUUCUCCUUCACGACCCUUUCAGCUGGCGGAACAUCCUAGGUAUCUUUGUUGCCGUGGUCGGAAUGGUAGUAUAUUCAUAUUAUUGCACUAUUGAGAGCCAGCAAAAGGCUAGCGAAGCAUCAGCACAGGUGUCUCAGGCAAAGGAAAACGAAUCUGAUCCUCUGAUAAAUGCCGAAAAAGGUGGCAUUCUAGCCGAUAGUGCCAAAUCAUCCCCCGGUUGGAAUUCAAGCAAGGACUUGCAGGCAUAAUAAUGCUUCUUCAAAUGAUUAUCAUUCUUCAUUCUUUGGCUUGCCCUCUCAUCCACACCAGGAAAAUUACUUCAGUGAUGAAGAUGUUGCUGUGAGGAUUUCCCUUCAUCAUCAUCAGAGAGUAAUGUGUAUGGGCAAAUUAUAAACACAAAAAAAUGUUUUACUGUUCUUUUAGUGCCAAAGAAUAUGUGCUUCUUCCACAGCAGUUUUGCUAUCAAGUCAUGUACGAGUAAGCAGUACACU